AACUCCACUGACGAAGAGAACUGUGGCCAGAGCUGAGACUGGAAGAACACAGCCAUGAUACUCUGGACUUUGGUGCUGGGAUCCCUUCUGGUGGCUGGGGUUGGGUACCUGUGCCUUUUGCAGCUGGUCCGACAACGCAGACCCCAUGAGCCUCCACUAGACAACGGCCCUUUGCCCUGGCUGGGUCAUGCCAUAGAAUAUCGGAAGAAUAUGUUUGAAUUCCUGAAGCGCAUGCGGGACAAAUAUGGGGAUGUAUUUACAGUGCAAUUAGGGGGCAAGUACUUCACCUUUGUCAUGGACCCCUUAUCCUAUAGCCCUAUUCUCAAAGAAGCUCGGAAAAAAUUAGAUUUUGGCAUAUUUGCAGAAAAAUUAGUGCUACAGGUAUUUGGAUUCCUGCCAAAGGAGGGAGAUCACCAAAUGAUAUAUUCGGCCAGCCUCAAGCACCUCAAGGGGGAAGGCUUGGAGGAGCUCAACAAAGUCAUGCUGGACAAACUCUCCUUUAUUAUCCUGGAACCUCUGAAGGAGAAUACUGACCCUGGUUGGCAGGAGGAUUCCCUCUUUGACUUCUGCUACAAGGUCAUGUUCAAGGCUGGCUACCUGAGCCUGUUCGGCCACACCAAAAAUAAGGAAGAAGACAAGCUUCAGACAGAAGAGUUAUUUAUCCAGUUUCGCAAGUUUGAUCGCAUGUUCCCCAGAUUUGUCUUUUCUCUGUUGGGACCCAGGGAGUGGCGAGAAAUAGGACGAAUCAAGCGUUUCUUCUACAAGACACUCUCUGUGCAGAAUAAUCUGGAAAAGGAUGGUUUGAGCGUCUGGAUCUCGGACAUGCUUCUGUAUCUCAGAGAGAAAGAUGUCACAGCAGACAUGCAGGACAAAUUCAACUUCAUGAUGCUCUGGGCCUCCCAGGGGAACACUGGGCCUACCUCAUUCUGGAUAAUCUUGUUCCUCCUGAAGCACCCGGAAGCCAUGCAGGCCGUGAGGGAAGAGGCCACCCAGGCACUGCGAGAGGCCAGUCUGGAGGGUAAGCAAUCCUUUGACAUGAUGAUCAACAUUCUGGGUCGUACCCCGGUCUUGGACAGUGUGAUGGAAGAGUCCCUGCGGCUGGGGUCGGCCCCCACCCUCUACAGAAUGGUUCAAGAGGACUAUACUCUCAAGACAGCCAAUGGACAGGAGUACCCGCUCCGCCAGGGAGACAUAGUGAUCCUUUUCCCUUACCUCUCGGUGCACAUGGACCCCGAGAUCCACCCUGAGCCAUAUACUUUCAAGUAUGAUCGUUUCCUCAAUCCCAAUGGCAGCCGCAAAACGGACUUCUACAAGGGGGGCAAGAAGAUCCACCACUACACCUUGCCAUGGGGCGCUGGAAUUUCCAUCUGCCCUGGGAGAUUCUUUGCCCUCAGUGAGAUGAAGCUCUUCAUCCUGAUGAUGGUUGUGCACUUUGACUUGGAGCUGGUACACCCAGAUGCACCUGUGCCUCCUAUAGACCCCCAACGCUGGGGCUUUGGGACCACCCAUCCCACUCAUGAUGUGCAGUUUCGCUACCGUCGGCGGCCCACUCAGUGAACUCAGCCACAGUGGCUGUGCAGCCAGCCACCUGACCACAGGACUCCCUCAGGUCUCUAUGCCCCCUGACCCCUCUGAAGCCCCAGGUCUCCAUCAACCAUCUCCCCUCUAGUUCUGGGGCACCCCAUCUCCUGAUGGCCAGAGAAUCAUUUUCCAAAAGUGCCUGGCUGCCUUUCAGAUUCAUCACCUUCAAAAUAUCCCACAUUUCAGUUUUACCAAUGUUUGCCAAUUUCCAAAUGUUCAACCCAGUGCAAUUUGAUUUUGCCAGCUUCCUCUAAUGAAACUGUUGAGUACUGUU